GGGGCGCAGCGCGGGGCCCCGCGAGCCGGAGCAGAGCCAGGGCAGGGCCGCAGGUGCCGAUGCAAAGCCUAUAGGACAGUCCCACAGCGAGAGCAACAAUGUGGGAGUAGCAGAUGCUCGACGACACCAGAGAGGACGUGGUGAACACCGGAGACACACCAUCACCAAUGGUGUGGAUUACAGCAUGCUGAAGCAAAUGAAGGAGCUGGAACAGGAAAAGGAUGUCUUGCUUCAGGGGCUGGAGGUGGUGGAGCGUGUCCGGGAGUGGUACCACCAGCAGAUCCAGAUGGUGCAGGAGCACCAGAAAUACCUGGGCAAAAACAAAGCCAGCAAUGACUUCCUCCCAGAAGGGAGCCAAAGCCACCUGGGCCGCCUCCUACCUAAGCUGCAGGAAGUGAUCCACUGCCUUUCUGAGCUCCUCACCACCUCAGGGAAGCCUCUGAAUUCCCCAUCAUCAGUGGUAAACAGACUGGCUGCUCCUGUCCCCACAGCAUCUCUUGCCUUGGCAGGGAAUCAGCAAGCCAUCAACAUGCUGAAGGAGCAAAACUGGCUUCUCACAAAGGAGGUGACAGACAAGAGUGAGCGGAUCACCCAGCUGGAGCAGGAGAAAUCCUCCCUGAUCAAACAGCUCUUCGAGGCACGGGCCCGCAGUAACCAUGAAACAAGCCAGCUGGACUCCACCUUCAUCUAGCCUCCAGCUCCCCCCUUGAGCCCCCUGCCAGAGCUAUGGGAGGGAAUAGUGCAGGGACCCAAGUGCUGCAGAAAGCAGCCCCCAGCCCCAGCACUUGAGUUUCUGUGGGUCCCAGGCUUCCUGCAGGUCCCUCUAGGGCUAUGGCUCUUGUCUAAGACUCAUCACUCCUCAGCACCUCAGUUCUGGCAGGGACUGCGAUGCUGACAAGCUGCUUGGACAGACCAUCUGUGCGUCUGACAGAGAGAAACCCUGACAUAGGCCUCUCCAGAUGCCAGUGGCACCUACUGUCCUACUCGCACUGGACAGCAUUAUGCUGCUGCUAUUCUUCCUGCCCCUGAAACUCCAGAGAUCUGCCAGGCUUCCAGCUUUGUUCCCCGGGUGUCUGGGGCAUUGUCAGGCUCGGUGUGCUCCUCCCUCUGCAGUUGGGCAGCACACUGGGAAGCUGGGAUGGCCUUGCUCCUUUGCCUAACCUGGGUCAGGACCAAUUGCUGUGGGAAGAAGACUGUUUUCAUUUAACACUCCAUUGAGCACCAAGGGCACCAAGAUACUUGCCUGCCUACCAGUCUCUUGCCUGGUUGUCCCACAGGCCUGGGCUGGAUCACCUGUGAUGGUAUACUCUAGUUCUGCCUACAGCCAGUGCCCUGCCUGCUUGUGGCAUCAAAAUGAGACCUCACAACCAUGGGUGGCACAGCUCUUCAUGGUACGAUCAUCCCUCAUGGGUUUACACAAUGUUUACACUUCAGCUGGCCUAGUGAGUGAAGGAGGCAAUUCCUACCUCUGAGAUCUUGUUCAAGCUGCCUGCAGACAUGGACAGGGGGUGGAGUUUUUCCUUGUGACCAAAAGGGUCAAAGUUAAUUUUUGAAAUGAAAGGCUAGGAUCUGUAGCAUGACAUAGCAAUUAGUGAGCUCCUGAAGCCUCAGAGCAGAGCACCCAUAGGACUAAGAAACCUCCUGAAAGCAUAUAGGCUCUUCCCUUUCCUAACCCUGCCCCAGCUGGGGAAAACAUAGCUGUUUUGCACCUCUGAACAUGGUAGCCUCCUCUGACCUACAUCUCUCUUCUAUGUUUACAGGGCAGGUAGGGUUUGGGGAAGCAGGUGCUAUGAAAGAGGGGGACAGGUACUGCUCAUAGCAUCUAAUUUCAUGUUUAUGGUCUUCUCAUUCACUGAAUCACCUAACAGGGCCUGGACACAUUCUGUUGUGUUCUCAGUACAGUGAAGGAUGCUGUAUUGUAGCUCUACUUUCCCUGUAGCCCAACUCCUGUUUCCCUUCUUUGGGAGCUUUUAUCUUCCCAGCUGCUACCCUUUCCAAAGUCCAGCUUCUCUCCAAGUGUUUACCUUGAACAUUAGCACAUGACCUCUGCCUUCUGU